UUAAACCAACUUUUGGCUCAUCUUUUAGAAUUAAACACCAACAACAACAAGAUCAUCAUAUUCAUUCUUCAUGGAAUACUCAACAAGUAGUCUCAUCAACUCAUUUCAACCCAAAGAAAAACACACAACCUUAUUCAACCACCAAAUUUCAGCCAGAAUCCGUCUAGCAACAGAACUAGACGUCCCUAAUCUUCACAAACUUGUAACACAAAUGGCAGAAUACCAUGGCCUAUCACAAAUAUUCACUACCACAGAAACAUCACUUUACAACAAUUUAUUCAAAUCACCAAAUCCACCUUUUCAUUCUCCAACAGCCCUCAUCUUAGAAAUAUCUCCCAACCCUUUCCCUCAAACAAACCAUACUACUACUACGAAUUUCGUCCCUAUUAUCAAGAACAAUUACAAUUUUGAUAAUUUAGAAAUCCUGGACCACGAACUCGAGACUUAUAGGUCCAAAUUUAAUGGUCAUGGUCAUGAUAAUAGUAAUAAUUGUAACGUUUAUGUAGCGGGGCAUGUACUUGUUUAUCCUAGCUAUAAUGGUUUUUUUGAGAAGCCUGGAUUAUUUUUAGACCAAAUGUUUGUGAGGAAGUGUUAUAGAGGGAUGAAGUUUGGGAAAUUGUUGUUUUCUGCUGUUGCAAUGCAAGCUGAGAAAAUGGGAAUGGGGAUGGUUGAUUGGCUUGUGGCUAAUUGGAAUGAAGAAACUAUUAAUUUCUAUGAGAAAAUGGGAGCUCAUUAUAUUCCUGAAUAUAGGCUUUGUAAAUUGUAUGGUGAUCAACUUCAAGCAUUUGGUAAGAAAUCCGAUUGAUUAGCCGAGGGUUUAUCAGAAAUAAAUUUUCUAUCACCAUAAAAUAGGGAUAACAUAUUAUCCUCUUAGAUCUCAUUGGUGGAAUCAUACUGUCUAUGUUAUUGUUGUUGUAAUUGGUGUAGGUUUUUAAGCACACCGUGCCUUGUUUUUCGUAUGUACUUAAUUAGCUCAUGUUUCUACGAUCUUAAUUUGUAUUAUGUUUAUUGGAAAUAUUAUAGUGAUGUUACGUGAUUGA